AUGGCUUCGUGCAAUAUAUUUUGGGACAGCGGAAUCCCACUCAAGCCUGUCGCUAAACGCAGCGAUCAAGAGGUACGAAACGAAGGCAUUAAGCAAUGUAAGGCGAAAAAAGAUAAAAAAAAUCUAGAAGAUGCAAAGGAACAAUUCGAGAAGAUGACACAGAAAAUUCGCGAAAAGACUUACAAUGACGUCUUGGAUAAGGACAAGCGCCGAGUAAGUACUCUAUGCUUUAUGCAAAUCUAUUUGUGA